UUAACCCUUGUUCAAGAUGCCUAAAAGGAUCAAAAGCGCAAAGAGUAAUUCAGACUUCAAACCUACAGCAGAAACUGUAAUUCCAGAUGAGACUCGCCAAGCUUUGCUGAAAAGGAUCAAAAAGGCUUUUGAUACCUUCGAUCAGACAGAGAACCAAACAUGCGAUUCAAGGGAAGUUGGCACCAUCAUCCGAUCUCUGGGCAUCUACCCAUCCGAAGAGCAACUUCGAGGGUGGAUAGCAGAGAUGGAAGGAGAAGAACGGGCUGGUUACGUGACGUUUGAUAAAUUAUCCAAAGUUGCAUUGCGAUUGUUGACGAGCAACUUGCUGCGUGAUGAUGAGGAGAAACUGUACCGGGCAUUUUUGGCAUUGGAUACCGACAGUAAGGGCUAUCUUACCCCGGAUGAGUUACGUCAAUUUAUGACGACAGAAGGGGAGCCGUUCACUGCUGAAGAGAUGGACGAAAUGCUUAUGGCAUGCACAGAUCCUACAGACGGGAAAAUCUGGUUUGAGGAUUAUGUCACAAUAUUGGCGCAAUGAACAUGAGUGUAACGGUUAACUUUCGUCUUCGUAUCCUCAAAGUAUGGAAGAAUUCACUCUUUCCGAUACCAUUGUAAAAAAUAUAUAGACAGUUAUAUACAUACACUAGCACUAUGCUAUAUGAAAAUCCCC